AUGUCUAGAACGGUUCCAUUCAAACAAAUCGACGUCUUUACUUCUUGUCCCUACAAGGGAAACCCGGUGGCCGUGGUGAACUGUUGGGAUCUGGAAGAACGCACGAUUGAGCAAUCCACAUUGCAGAGCAUUGCAAAUUGGACCAAUCUUUCGGAAACAACGUUCCUGUUCAAGCCCACGGACGAAAGAUGCGACUACAAGGUCAGGAUCUUUACGCCUUCGGCAGAGCUCCCAUUUGCAGGCCAUCCCACGCUGGGGACGUGCCAUGCCUACCUCGAAUUCACAGGAAGACUCAGCGGCGUUGAGAAAAUCUACCAGCAGUGUGGUAUCGGGAUGGUGGAGUUGAGCGUUCAGGAUAAUUUCAUUUCUUUCAAAGGAGCCCAGACGGAGAUUCGGCCGGUUUCAAGCGACCUUGCCCAAAAAUACGACAAUUGUCUCACUGGGUCCUUUUCCACCAGGCCGUGUCUCCUGGAAGUGGGUCCACGCUGGGUGGUGGGUCUAGUGGAGAAUGCCCAGGCCUGCUACGAAAUGGAGGUGGAUUCUGCCAAGCUGAGUGACACCAUUGCUCAACACAGCGGCGCCACGGGCCUUAUUGUAGCUGGGAAGUACGCAGACGUCGAUAAGUACGAAAUGCGUGCUUUUGCAUCAACCCAGGGGGUCGUGGAAGACCCCGUGUGUGGCAGCGGGUCCUUGGCCUUAGCCAGGUACCUGCAAGAGCUCGAAGAGUUCACUUCGAGUUUUGAGUUUGAAAUCAGCCAGGGCGGACGUCUAGGUCGCCAGGGCAAGAUUUCUGCCAAAAUCUUGCAUGCUCAAGGUGAAGUUAGCUAUCACGUUGGCGGACAAUGCGUUUCUGUGAUCAAUGGGGAGUUUUUGAUCUAA